CUAGCACGUGCUCCUCGUGUCCACGAGCUUUAUGUGAAUCAUGUGCUCCAACGUGGCCUUUUGUUGGUUAGCAUGACUGCACGUCGACUGCCUGAUCAUGAACUUGUGCCUCCUGCCUCACCCGACAAACCGAUCGUUGCACCAUCAGCCUGUCUUCCUUCUCAAUCUUCAUGUGCCGUUGCAACCGCUUCAUCUCCUACUCCAGCCUCUUAUGCACAGCCAGGCAAUGUGAUCUGCCUAUCUGAGCCCGACUCUACCCCGAACGCAUGUCAUUUGUCCUCGUCUGCCGGUGUCACUUCCUCUUCGCUUUAUGGGCCUGGCGAAGCGUCAGUGAGCCUUGAGACUGAGGUUCUUUGUGACAGCCUGUUGAUCACUUGUCCUUACGAGACGAUUUCGGAAUGCACUUUUUCUUCACAGGCCGACCAGAUCUCAAUUAUAUCGGGCGUUGAUAUGGAACUCAUCGCUCGUGCCGGUCUAUCUAAUUCAGCGGCUGUUAUUCGUGGCUCAUGUUCGUGCAGCACUUCCAAAGAUUCGCUUGAUGCUGGUGACCUUCACCAACCAUCUACUUCGGGUUGCUGUACGGCUGAACAGAUGUGCCCUAAUCGUCUUGGUCGGAUUGAAUGCCACUCAAGGAUAUGCUUGGCUGCUUGCCAAGGCGACAGCAGCUGCACUAAUCGUCGGUUUGCUGAGAUUUUACCUGAAAAAUUAAGACUUGGCCUUAUUCGCACUGUUAAUCGGGGUUUUGGUCUUAAAAGUUUGGUUGAUGUUACCGAGGCAAGUGAACUUAUUGAGAAAUAUUGUUCAUCUGACAGCCUAGUUGCUGAAUACCUCGGAGAGGUGAUUACUAUUGACGAGGCUAACCAACGUAUACUUGCAGCUCUUGGGCCUCAUGCUGCUUGCAAUGCUGUCAAGAAAUCGGGCAUAGUCAGUCCCCUUUUCGACACCUAUCUUCUCCGUAUGCUGCCUUCAGCUAAAGGUCAGCCAAUAAAACGUUAA